CAGAAGAGCUGUUGUUGAUUAAUUCAUUUUGAAGAAACGAAACGAAAAGAAAUACGAAUGGCCGAGAUGGGGAACGAAUCUAGGGCACAAACUCCAGCGAUGGAGUCGCUCUUUGUGCAAGAUCUUGAGGAGAUCGAUCUAUCGUACUGGGAAUUCAUCAGUCUCGCCGAUGCGGGCUCAGAUUCGGAUCUUGACGACGUCAUUUCGUGGAACUCUGAGUACGGCGUCUCCUCUCCGCGGCGACUGUCCGACAAUGAAAACCAAGAUAGUGAUCAUCAUAACUCCUCUGAUCUUGACGAGAAAUUAGACGGUGAUGGACAGCUUGUGCCUGCUGUGGCGGUCGACAAAUCUAUUUAUGACGACGAGGAUGAGAAGAUCGACGACUAUGAUGAGGACUACGGCUUGGACGAUGAGCUGGUUCCAUGGCAGGUGAGUGGGAAGUUGGGGAGGGAGAGGAUGAGGAAGAUUGGGAAGAGGGUGUUCGCGAGAAUGACGAAUUCAAAGCGGUCUCCACAUAGCUAUGUCAAGCCAGGGUGCGUUUAUGGCAAGCAUGGGCUGGGACUAAAGCAUAGCUGCUGAUCAUGAUGGUCGUCAACUAGGUUCGAAUCUAAAUUGGGGAACCAAUAAAGGAACAGAAUAGAUUGUCCUUACAAUUACUUGUUGCUCUUUGGCUUCUUGGGCAGAAACUGAAGCAACAACAUUUGCUAUCUAAUUAUUACUGAAUAUGAUGCAGAUUCUGCUUAUAAAUGCAGAGAGUCAUUGUGUUUCUUUCAAAUGAAUCGCUGUACAGGAGUUAGUGUGGGGUCAGUACAAGUAUUUAUACAUGUAUAAGACUGUUUUCUAUAUAGAUCUGGCAUUAUAUACGUUUUUGUGUGGAGUUAGCUA